CUACACAGGCUGAGUGAGAAAAAGAUGUGCUAAAUAAAGAUUGAUUGGUUUGCAUCCUGAAGGGGUCUCCCACUUGUAAAUGACCCGGGGGAAAAAAAAAAAUUCAUGACGACUUCACUGGGCCUCCUCUUGUUCUUCCAUUUUUCUUUCUGCCUGCCCUCUUCGUGGAAUGGAGCAUCAUUCCUUAGAGCACAAAAUACGUUGUGCAUCUAAUAUUGACAGUGCUGUGAUAGGGAUUCUUAAGCAGUUUUGCGUGUGAGGCUCUUAAGCUUGAAAUAUUAACAGAUGAUGAUUUGUUCGUUUGGAUUACUGCGGAACUGCAGCUCCGUCCCUGCAAGGAUUUUAUCCUCAGCGCUGCAUUGAUUAAGCUACUUAUCUACGAAGAUGGCAGUGUGCAGGGUAGAAGGGAACAGGACCCAUAUGUCAAUGGUCUAGGAUGGCCAGUGAAGGCUCAAACAUCCCAAGUCCUGUGGUCCGUCAGAUUGACAAGCAGUUUCUGAUCUGCAGCAUAUGCCUGGACCGUUACAAGAACCCCAAAGUACUUCCCUGCCUGCACACUUUCUGUGAGAGGUGCUUACAGAAUUACAUUCCAGCCCAUAGCUUAACCCUUUCUUGCCCCGUGUGCCGCCAGACCUCCAUUCUGCCAGAGAAAGGGGUUUCUGCACUCCAGAACAACUUCUUUAUCACCAACCUGAUGGAUGUCCUGCAACGAACACCAGACAACAGCAUAGAAGAGUCCUCCAUCUUGGAGACUGUCACUGCUGUUGCUGCAGGCAAGCCACUCUCCUGCCCCAAUCAUGAUGGAAAUGUGAUGGAAUUCUACUGCCAGUCCUGUGAGACAGCCAUGUGCCGGGAAUGUACAGAGGGAGAACAUGCAGAGCAUCCCACAGUCCCGCUCAAGGAUGUGGUGGAACAACACAAAGCUUCCCUCCAAGUCCAGUUGGAUGCUGUGAACAAAAGGCUUCCAGAGAUUGACUCAGCACUUCAUUUUAUAUCUGAAAUCAUACAUCAGUUAACCAACCAAAAGGCUAGCAUUGUAGAUGACAUUCAUUCCACUUUUGAUGAGCUCCAGAAGACUUUAAAUGUGCGAGAGAAAAAAAAAAAGAGUGUGCUGCUUAUGGAACUGGAAGUGAAUUAUGGCCUUAAACACAAAGUCCUCCAGACACAGCUGGAUACCUUACUUGAAGGACAAGAGAGCAUUAAAAGUUGCAGUAACUUUACGGCCCAGGCCCUCAACCACGGCACCGAAACAGAAGUUCUGCUGGUGAAGAAGCAAAUGAGCGACAAGCUAAAUGAACUGGCUGAGCAGGACUUCCCACUGCAGCCCCGUGAAAAUGAUCAGCUGGACUUCAUAGUGGAAACAGAAGGCCUGAAGAAGUCCAUUCACAAUUUGGGUACUAUUUUAACCACCAAUGCAGUUGCCUCUGAAACAGUUGCCACAGGGGAGGGACUGAGGCAGACUGUGAUUGGGCAGCCCAUGUCCGUCACCAUUACAACGAAGGACAAAGAUGGGGAGCUCUGUAAAUCUGGGAACGCUUACCUCACUGCUGAACUGAGCACACCUGAUGGGAGUGUAGCGGAUGGAGAAAUACUUGACAAUAAAAAUGGCACUUACGAAUUUUUAUAUACUGUUCAGAAAGAAGGGGACUUCACUUUGUCACUGAGACUUUAUGAUCAGCAUAUCAAGGGCAGCCCCUUUAAACUUAAAGUGGUCAGAUCAGCAGAUGUGUCCCCUACCACUGAAGGGGUUAAGAGGCGUGUUAAAUCUCCUGGCAGUGGUCACGUGAAGCAGAAGGCUGUGAAAAGACCUGCUAGCAUGUACAGCACUGGCAAAAGAAAAGAGAAUCCCAUUGAAGAUGAUUUGAUCUUCAGAGUAGGCACCAAAGGGAGAAACAAAGGGGAGUUUACAAAUCUUCAGGGUGUAGCUGCAUCUACAAAUGGAAAAAUAUUAAUAGCAGACAGUAACAACCAAUGUGUGCAGAUAUUUUCCAAUGAUGGCCAGUUCAAAAGUCGUUUUGGCAUACGAGGAAGGUCUCCUGGCCAGUUGCAGCGGCCAACGGGAGUGGCUGUGCAUCCCAGUGGUGACAUCAUUAUUGCAGAUUAUGAUAACAAAUGGGUUAGCAUAUUUUCAUCAGAUGGAAAAUUUAAGGCCAAAAUUGGAUCUGGAAAGCUCAUGGGUCCUAAGGGCGUUUCUGUGGAUCGUAAUGGACACAUCAUAGUAGUGGACAAUAAAGCAUGCUGUGUGUUCAUCUUCCAACCAAAUGGGAAAAUAGUUACCAGGUUUGGUAGCCGAGGAAACGGUGACAAGCAGUUUGCAGGUCCUCAUUUUGCAGCUGUAAACAGCAACAAUGAAAUUAUUGUUACAGACUUUCAUAACCAUUCUGUUAAGGUAUUUAACCAGGAGGGAGAAUUCAUACUAAAGUUUGGAUCAAAUGGAGAAGGAAAUGGACAAUUCAAUGCACCAACUGGAGUAGCUGUAGAUUCUAAUGGAAAUAUUAUUGUAGCAGAUUGGGGAAACAGCCGAAUACAGGUUUUUGAUGGAAGUGGAUCAUUUUUAUCCUACAUUAACACCUCUGCUGACCCACUUUAUGGUCCCCAAGGUCUGGCCCUAACUUCAGAUGGCCAUGUGGUAGUUGCAGACUCUGGAAAUCACUGCUUCAAGGUCUAUCGAUACUUACAGUAACAAUGAGCUCUGGAGCUGGAUAAUCAUCCACCCUUAAGAAAAGACUGGUCCCUGAGAUCCAGUGUGGGAUAUCUCCUUCUUUAAUGAGUUCAUUUUUAAUAAUGAAGGAGUCUCUUAUGGACUUCUCAUGUUAAUUUCCAAACUUACCUUGUUUACAUAGGACUUGCACCUCUUACGUUCCUCACUGAACUUUUUGUUGUAAGGGUUAACACACAAAAUCCUCUUUAACUGAAUUCAUAAAGACAAUGUGAUAUUAAAUAAAAACUGAAACUUAUGGAACUGGAAUUAACUAAUCAGGCAAAAAUGAGAAAAAUUUGGGGAAAAAAAUCCCCAAAGGUUUUUGAAGACUGCGAAGGGUAGCUCCUGUUUAGAGCUUCCAAAUUUGAAAAAGUAUCACUUAUGCAUUAUUUAACCCAGAGGGGAUCCUGGGAAUCUUCUAGAUCUCAUUAUCAUGGUAGGUAUUACACUUUUAACAUUCUUCUGUCUUAAUAAGUAUAACAAGUAGGUCCUUUUAGUAAAGGUAUAAUGUUAAGUCAUACAAAAUCCGUCUUGCUCUAACCACCAGACCUAACACAGCUCAACGUUUAGCACUAUGAGAAUCAAUGCAAAUUCCCUACUUAUGUGGGAUUAAUGAAGGAUUGUUUCAUGUGCUUAUUUUUCACUCUCCCUCUUGCUUAAUGUGCUGUAAGGACUUUGCAGAGACCUGACAUUUCUAAAGCUCUGGAAAACCUUCAUUGUAAUGAUACAUUAGUGAGAGCUGAAUUUCUGUAGAACGACAGACCUUUUGACACCAAACUAGUUCAUUAGGAUCAGGAUUAUUACAAUGUCAACUUGAUUAACCUCAUGUGUGCCACUCUUCUGUGUAUGUUCAUUGCCAUGUUUCCUUAAGGCAACUCAUUUGUAUUAGCAAAUAAAAUACAGCAUCUCACAGGACAGAAAGCCAGAGAGGUACCCCUAUGGAGGACCUACGUUAUACAACCAAAGGAACUAUGGUUAACAGAGGUUGUAUAAGAAAGCCAAGGGUUACCAAAGCUAUUUGUUUUUGACAUGAGGAAAAAUACAUUAGAAAUAAGAAUGAAUUUGAGCCAGUUCCUGAAGUCCUUCACAAAGGGAGUUUUGUUAGAGAACAAAAUAAGGACUGCGGCAUUUGUUCCCGUUUGUUUGUAUGUAUGUAUGUAUGUAUGACUGAUUGAUGCAAAAAUAAAGUAAAUUCGGGUUAUUUCAGUAAACUGGAACGUAUAUAUGCCAUGUGACAAUGGCAGUACUCUGAAAAACGUCCCUCCUUCUGCUUGCCAGAUAUCUCUACUAUGUUCUUUGUUGAAGUACUGAUUUAAUUGGAAAUCCUUACAAUCAUAUUACUUGGUUCUGUUUUUAAUGUUUUUUUUUUAAGUAUGUACUUGUCCUUUUUAAAGUAGUAUUGUUUUUAUUGUUAAUUCUAAACUUAAUGGUCAAAAGAUGUAUUGUACCAUACCCUAAUAUAGAGGGGUGCUUACUCUUAGACCUCAUCUGAGGAGCUGGUUGGCUUGCUGCCAAUGCCCAAAAUAGUCUGGGAAGAAGAAUCUUUCUUUUCUAAUUUUUAGGGAUUUGAAACAAAAGGGCAUUGGGUCAGGAGCAGGGGAGUAUUUUAAGCAUGUCUGCAAAACUGAAAGAAAUUGUUGUGAAAUUAUUUGUUAUAAAUAUUUAUCUUUUUUCUAAAAGGUUAAGGUUAUUGCAAUUAAUUUGAGGAAAAACUAAUGAUUUUCUGUAAAGAUGUGUUUGACUUGUGAAAAUGCAGACCCUGAAAUUCAUAAAUGUGUAGUUUGUCUGUUUUUUUAAUUACUAUUUCUUAGAAAUGUUUCCUUCUCUUUCCCGUUUUUAUUUUUUGCAUAUAGAGCCAAUUUUACAAAUUUAUGUUCAAAGACAAGUCUCCUUACUUUGUUGGAAUAAUUGUUUUGUGUAAAAGGCUUAAGGUUUGGACCGUACAAUAUGGUCAAGAAACUGAUAGUAACAUUUUUGAAAUGUAAAAAUUCAAGUCUGUUAUUACCAAGAGAACAAGAUAUCUUCUGCUUGAAGUGAGUUUGUCCUAAAAUUCCAAAGAAGAUAUAGUCACCCCAGUUACUACAUAAGAAACUGUCCUCUCAAAAUUGUGUGAAGUGGUAAAUCAAAUUUUAUGAUGAUCAAGUAAUUUUAUUCCAAGUGUUCUUGUAAGCAACUCUCUGACACGCAUGUAAUUUCUGACAUUGGAAUGCACUUAAAUGAUAUAUUUAUCAAUGAAAAAGAUGUAGCAUUUUAAGUGUAUUUAAUUAACAAAGAAAAAAGGUUUGCACUGAUUCUCUGAGGUAGAAACUUGAAAGAAAAUGAGAAGUGUGCUCUUGGUAUCAGUUAUGGAUAAUAGUAAUCAAAUUUGGUUUCAGAUUUAGAUUUCUGUAAUAAUUUUACUAAACUUGAAUGGUUUCCACUCAAAAAACAUGGCCAAAUCCUCCUUUGCCAGGAACUCUGAGGACAACAGGAAUCAGACCCUAAGUUAUAUGUCAAAACACAUACUUAAGACUAUACUAUUCCAUGCAUACACUUUCCUUCAAAAGAUUUUGAAUUCCUUUAACUCAGUAUUGUUUAGCAGCAUUUUCUAAAACCUCUGUCAACCCACUGCAUCCUGAUGAACUAUGGAACUCUGUACACAACCCCCUUGCACCCAAGCUAACAGACAUUAGCAGGGAUGUGAGUUUUUCCACAGAAGAUUUUUUUUCCAUCUCGUUGAAUUUUCAGACUCUAUCACCAGAGCAACACACACUGCACCUGAAAAAUGGCACUCAUUUGGAAUUCCUUCACAUAGUGAAUGCUAUCAAUUACAAUUUUAAAUUCAGUGGUAUAGGGUAUUCCCUUCCAAAGGUUGACCUUAUCUGCCUGGCACAGGGAGACUGAGAAACGCAUUGCUUUUACAGUGUACUUUUGAAGCCAACUUAGCUAAAAUGCUUGGCUUACAAAACUUACAAUGAGCAACCAAAGCAGAAAUUCUGUUCUAAAAAAGUGACAGAUUUUUUGCAUCCAGUUAAGUGAACGUCAGAAUUGCACUACUUGCUUUACUGAGUUGUUAGCGUUUAUUAAAGGCUUUAUAGGCAAUCUGCUGCCAAAUUUCAGGUAUAACCAAAUGUUCCUUUGACUUCCCGGGAAUGUUAAUUGACGAGCAGCGCAGCAUGAAUGUUCAAAGUAUGUGCUUCACUUAACUAAUCUUCAACUCAAAAGUAAUCUCAGAAGGUUAUCAGAUCUUGUGUAAUUUGGAGUAUUUUAGGACAAACUACCCAACUGUAGUUUCAUUUUUUUUUUGACUAGAGUAAAAGGAUCUUUUCAGUUAAAUCCAAUACAAACAGUAGGGGAUUUUACAUAGGUUUAAACAGCAGCAAAGUAGCUGAAAAAGGAAAGGAAAAUGGCUUAAGGCAAGCAUUUGUCUCAUGUAGAUGGAGAGUUAUUUAUUAGUAAAUACUCUACUGUUCUGUAAAAGCUAGAGGGCUUUCAAUUUUAUGUCAAUAUUUUUUAUAACUAAGGAUCUAGUGUUGCCAUACUGAGAACUAUAAGUGCCCAAUGUGUUGUGUUUGUUAUAAAGAAAUGACCUGCAGUUGUGGGUGACAGCUAGUUAUGAAAUCAUGAUGUACAUUGAAAAUUUUCUUAAGAAUUGUGAGCAGUGAUUGUUUCGGUCUGUUUGUGGAGAGUGUGUGAAAGGUAUUGUGGAGUAGGAUGAUGCCUAAUUGGUUGUGUUAUUUCUGAUGAAUGUACAGCACUUCAAUUGAUGUUUGUGAGCAACACGGCCUUAACCCGGACACUCUUGCUUUGGCUUUAUGACAUGGGAAUGUUCCAUAAGCUGCAUAGUGUAUGGCAGUAUCCCUGUGUUAGAAAUCUGUACCCGUUGAUAAACUGUAGCUUUCCGGUUCUGGGAGUCUGUCUUUUUUCUUUUUUCUUUUUUCUUUUUUUUUCUUCUUUUUUUCCCCUUUCUAAAAGUUUUUGUACAUUCCAUCUUUGUAAUUGAUUUCAUAUAUUUUGUACACAUGUAAGUCUUGCACUGUCUGAAAACUGAUAAUGAAAUAUUCUGUCACUUGUUUUCUUUUUUUUUUUUUUUUAAAACCCCUGUGAGGCUAAAUACAAACUUUGCCUCCUUAAGGUCAAGGAUGAAAGAUGUGCAUCGAAGUGUUUGUGUGUGUGUAGUUUUAGCUUCAUGCGUGCCACAGUAUUUUCAAUGCUUUAGCUGAUGAUAAAAACAAAAUUUACUCUGUCUUGGAAAUGUAGGAAAACCAGAGUCAAAUGUGUACCUUUACCACGCACAAAAAUUUCAAAUAAUAAAGCUUGUUUCCUCUGUUA